AUCCGCUCUUGUUCAAUCCCUUUCUCUAUGGCUGCGCGGUGAUCUCGUAGCCUGUCGUUCCCUGGGGCUGCUCAAGGCUACAUCUCGUGUCGGCAGCAGCAGACCGUUUGCCGCUCGAUUGCAAGCACGCGUGUAGUCAGCUCGCACCCAUUUCGAAGAUGACGGACACGACUUACACGUUGUCUGGUUUCGGAGGCUUCCUGGAGCGGCGACGCGUCACCUUCGUCGAGCCGCUGCCCGCCAUUCGAGUGUGCAGCAUCUGCGGCCUUGUCCCCUCCAGCACUCGGCUUCUUGCCUGCGGCCACGUCUUGUGCGACGGGCCCUGCGGCCGCCAGGUUCAGGCAGCGGCUUCCUGCCCUCUACACGGCCGCGCUGUCCCGAUAUCCAGCGUCGUGCCCCUCAAGUUCGAGCAGUCUGAACUGGAGCAGCUUCUCGUCCGUUGCCUCAACGGCCCCGACAACUGCACCUUCGUCGGCAAGCUGAACGAGCUCGAGGAUCACCUGUCCGCGUGCGAAUGCGACGCAGUCGAGUGCCCCAAGUGUGGUGAACGGGUGUGCCGAAACGAGGCAGCAAGCCACUGCGAGACGUGCUGUGACUCGGCUACUUCCACGACCGGGGACGCGAGUGGGACGAGCGGUUGCUCCGCCGUCGAAGAGCUUACGCGAAUGAAGCAAGACCUCGAGAAGCUGCGUGAGAUCGUCUCCAAAGAAGAAACAGUAAAGGUCGCUCUCGUCAACGAGAUGAACUCCCUAGCAGACCGCGCAGGGCGCUUCGAGGCUCAGCUGAUGUCUGUGGCUAAGGAAAUCGCCGACUUGAAGCGUCCGUUACCUGAAGGAGCUACGAACAGGGAUUUUCCACAUGCACUUCGCCGCGGUGCCAGCGGUCGUGGUUGCGCAUUAACAUUGUACAAGCUUGGCGAACUGAAUUCCCGGCCUGGUUUGGAAGUGCACAGCGAACUGUGCACGCUGCAAGGCUACAUCUUUUGUGUGUCGUGCACGGCACACGAAAAGAAUUAUAAAUUCUGGCUGACUUUAUGCAGCGGUCCUUGGGACGACUUCGUGGAGUGGCCUUUCGCAAAAUGUGUCACGUUGACACUAGCGCAUCCCGAGGACAAAAGGAAGGACAUCCGGCUUUCAACAGUUCCAUCGAGCCAGGAACGUUGCUGCAAUGGGAAACCACGACUAGGCAGUUAUAACGGCCACAUACAGCUCGAGGAGGUAGGACAACAGCAGUUAUACGAUGGCAAUUACCUACUCAACGGAAACCUGAAUAUAAUCGUCGAAUUCAUGCAAUAACUGGUGACUGUAUCACCGGGUAGAGGCGACUGUUGUGGUCUGCGUUUGCGAGGCUCUGCGACAGGCUUGAUGCACUAACUGUGCUUCAAGUGGCAUCAAUAAAAUAUCAAAAAAGCAA